CACACGGGCCUCCCCACGUCCACUCCUUUGAUCGCGCCGCCGCCCAGGGCCCCCUCCCUCGGCCCUGGGCUGUAUAACUGGAGGCCGUGCCUCUCCUGGCGGCGCACUGGGGUCGGGCAGCGAUGGCCACAGCGGAGUCCAGGCAGCUCCAGUUCGGGGACAGCACCACGCCGCCCGCCUACCGGCCCGCCCACGCCGGCGGGGCGUUACUGCCGCCCCCGAGCCCCGCCGCUGCUCUGCUCCCCGCGCGCCCCUCUGAUCCCGGCCCGGAACGCGGCACCCAAGCGGCCUUCGCUGGCUUUCUCGGGAGAGGUCCCAGGCCCGCUGCGCAGACCCCCGCCGGCCUGGGCCCGCCUGCGCCCCUCAAAGGCGCGGCCGUCCAGUCGGCGUCGCAGCGCCGCAAGCGCACGUCGUUCAGCCCGGAGCAGCUGCAGCUGCUGGAGCUCGUCUUCCGCAGGACCAUGUACCCCGAUAUCCACCUGCGUGAGCGCCUGGCCGCGCUCACCCUGCUUCCCGAGUCUAGGAUCCAGGUGUGGUUCCAGAACAGGCGUGCCAAGUCGCGCCGUCAGAGCGGCAAAUUCUUUCAACCUUUAGCCAGGCCUGAGCUUUUUGUCCACCACUCUGCUUGUGAAACGGAAGGGAGAUAUUUGAAGCCCCAGCUGCCUCUGGAGGUAGAUGUGAACUGCCUGCCCGAUCCCAGCAAGGUUGGAGGGAGCAUCUCAGACCCUAGCUCCCAAGGUCAGAAUUUCGAAACCUUUUCUCCUCUCUCUGAAGACAUUGGUUCAAAGUUGGACUCAUGGGAGGAACACAUCUUUUCUGCCUUUGGUAAUUCUUGAGGAGUCUGGAGAAUUCAGGAUGAGCUCAGAUGAACCAUGACUGACAGCCAGGGAGACACACACCAGAAUACUGUCCUUUCUGGCUUCUGUAUUAAGGACAUAUCCAUGUUAACCUUGGUAAUGGUUUUGAGUCAUCGCUCACCUGUGAAGCUUCCCCCCCUUUUGCCCAUGAACCUUUGCCCAUGGCCUGUUCUUUCUUCAGAGUACACACCUCCUAGGAGUUCUGGCAUUUAUUUUUACCAGUGCAUCUCCAAAUCUGCACAUUCAUUUUGGUCUGCACGCCUGCUCCCUCUUACCAGUCCUUUUGUUAUUUUUCAGAGUGGCUUUUCAGAACUUAUUUCCUUCGCAAGAACUCUUCAGUUUAACUCAGUUUCCCCUUAUGCUUCACUGCUGUUGUCCUCCUAUGGUUCCUCCAAGGCUUAGAAUCCUAACCUCAUGCUGACCCAGAUCCUUCCAUCCUCAUCCUCUCACCAAGAUUUACUACCUUGUAAGUUUGGCCUGUCAUCUUUACACUCAUUUGUAGUGCCAGUGAUUUCUGCAUCAGAUUAUUCAAGAGUAGCCU